AUUACACACGACACUAGAAUUAUAACCUAUAAAAUUGACAAAUGUAGCAUAGCAAAAUAACGAACCGACCCCACUUUGCACCUUCUCGUAUCUUAUCCCUAGGUUACCAUAUCACUGAUGCUAAACAAUAAUGCGCGAUUUAAAUUAAUUUAAGUAGGUAAAACACUACAGUAUCGUCAUGCCAAUUAAUUUAUUUGUAAUAAAAUUUUAAACCAAUAGACGUCAUUGCUAGUAUCAAGUUAAGAUUUAUUUACAGCAGUUUCCGCUGAUACAUUUGUCACUGAAAUUAUGAGAUUCGGUAUUAUAUUUUUGAUUUCCGAUUUAAUAAAAUAGUCAUAGAUUUGUUACAAUUUUAAUAACAACGGCAACACUUAGCCUACUUACAUAUAUUAUAAAAUGUACCCCCAGAGGAAGUAUCGCUUAGCUUGAAUCGCCAAUAACGAGACUCUUUUGUUGACUUUUGACAGAAAUGACGCGUACAGAGUUGACAACAGUACUGAUUGUAGACCUAAAAAGUUACUAAUUGGGACUAAAUUCGACCUUAAAAGUUCCCGACUUAAUAGCGUUUCCGUUAUUGGAAAUAGCUAUUGUGGAUGGGUAGCUGCCAAGUUAACGCUGACGAUAUUAGCGCCUAACAUUAUUAGAUCAUGCAAAAACUAUAUUUCUUGUAAUAUGUAAUAAUCCCUUCUUAUAGUUACUAUUUACAUAGAUCUGAAUAAUUUAGGUAAGUAUGAUAUAAAAGAAAGCGAUAUUGUCGAAAAAUAACUUGAACAAUGUACUGAAAAUGCUUGUUAAGUACCUUUAUUUAUAAAUGAUUUCCCAACGAAAAAAAUGUUUAAAAAAUAUUAUAGAGACAACAAAAAUUUGAAAAGUCCCAUAGAAAUUUUGUUGGGAUAAAACAAGUUUUCACAUCAAAGUAUUUUUGUGCAGUGAGAUACAAAGUUAAAUAUUGCAAUUGCAAAUACAAGGAGGUACAUGGUGGCGUGUGCUAUAAAUGCCAUAAUAAUUAUUUAUGAUCCGAAUUACAAAGAAAAAUUUAUCUUCUACCAUUAAUUAUUUAAAUAAAAAUUACGUUUUUGAAUGACUGCCAUUAAUAUUAAUUAUUAAAUAUAAAAUGGUUGAUAAUCAAACUUUGAAUUGGGAAUUAAUUUUAUGGCAUUCAUUUUUUGGCACAUUCGUUGUUUCCUUCUUUUAUUAGGAGAUGUAUUAGUACAGUUCCAGUUAUAACUUGGGUUGCCACAAGUAAUACUAUUCUGUGUGCUGAUGCCUCGCUUCAGUGUCACUUAUCUUUGUGUGGAUUCCAUAGUUUCCAUGUAGCAUUUGACGUUCAUCGCCCCGUUUCACAGUGAUGCCACAUAAAGCAGAAUAUAGUGAAUUAACUCUAUGAGUAGUUCUCGAUUUUUGGCUCUUGGGGCUUCCAACGUUUAGCUUAAUCCUGGCUACUUUGUUAAUCCUGUCGUUGUCUUUCCUUGCCACCUCCUUAAUGUGGGCUAUGAAGCUGUCUACGUCGUCUAUGACUAUGCCAAGGUAUUUUACUUGCCUUAUUGGGGCCACCAAUGUGUCGUGUAUCCUUAUUCUACCAGCUUUCGUUUUCGCCUUCUACCAGUGGGCCCAUUUCACUUUUUUCUGGUGCCAAUUCUAAUUGUGUAUUCUCCAUACAUGUAACUAUUCUAUCUAGCGCUUUGUUCGCCUGUCUUCUAGACCCCUGGCGCCUUCAGAUGUUACAAACAAGGUUAGGUCAUCUGCAAAGCCGAUUAUCUCACAAGCCGAUUAUCUCACACCCCUCUGAUAGUUCAACUUUCAAGAACCCAUCGUUAGUUAUGUUCCUCGGAGUUGGCCCGAGUACCGAUCCCUGUGGAACUCCUGUUGAAAUGAGUAGUUUCUCCUCCCAUAUGGCCAGCAUCCUCUCUUUGAGAUAAUUCUCUAUUGUUUUUAUUAAGUAUCUGGAUAUUCUCCUUCUUUUCACUUCAGCGAUCUACAUUCUCGCUCCUGUCCGCGUUUACCCUUUCUACUGCCUGGACGGUCGAUCCUCCUGGUUAUAUGCUAGAUUUUCCGCGUUAUGUAUUUCUUCUAUCAAUCUAUUUAUCACCAUACCUUCGUAGAGCUUACUUAUUGUUUUUAAUAAACAUAUAGUUCUAUAUAUGUUACUGCAUCUUCUGUCUCUUUUUUUAGUAUUAAGACCAAUUUAGCCGUUUUACAUUUCUCCUGGAAUUCUUCUUUACUUAGUAUUGUGUUUAAAUACUUUAGCAGCAUCUCUGGUCUUAUUCGGUACACCUCUUUGAUUGCUUCUGGUGGUAUAGUAUGCCAUCCGGAAUCCGUUCCUGGACUUGCUUGUCUUCAUACAAUUAUUGUAUCCUUCAAUUGGUAAUACAUUUUCUUCUUCCUUGUAUCUGCCGCUAGGGUGGUAGUGUCCCUGGUCGGAAAGAGUUUUCUGGUUGUUGCUUAGGUCUACUAGAGUUAUACUCCACUUUCAAGUAGCUAUGCUGUAUUCUUUCUUCCAUAGAUAUCUUCUAGCUCUACGUAUACCUCUUGUCAGUUCUUCCGCUUGUAUUCUUUGAUUAUUUUUUUAGGUCUUUUUGUGCAGUUGUAUUCUUCUUUUUUCUCUCUACUGUCACCCGCCCUAUGUGUCAAUAGGACUAGUUGGGACUCUGUGGGCGCAGCUAUUUUUAUUGUUCACUUCAUUCGAGAGUAACAGUAAUUAUUAUAAUAAUCAUUUAUAAUGACAUUAGUUGUUGAAGCCAAAGGCACCAAUAAAAAAAUAACCAUUUUUCUGUUUCGCAUAAAACGAAUCUAAUCCACACAAUAACCAUCAAUAUUAGGAAUGUUUGAGUUUGGUGAUCUAUCAGCACCAAACCACUACCCUGAUGUGCGGGUAAGGAAACUAUUUACAAAAGUAAAUAAAAACAUACUUGCUAGUUAAUAAAUAUUCAUUUUUACAAGUGAUACCUUCUGUGAUCUAACCCGUCUUUCAAAAUCAACUUGCAAGUCAUUUCCAGUACAUUUUUAUCAAGAUAGAGUGGGACCCAAAAUUAAAUCAGAAAAUUAUUUAAUAUAUUUAAAUUUUAACCAUAUUUAAACCACUCUUCGUUUGAUGCAAUACAUCUGUGGAGACAUUUGUCUCUGCUCGAAACACUUCGAUUUCAAUAGAACCACGCCCGCUGCUCCUAUGGAGGCCGUUCGGUUCGAGAAUACGGAUCAAGAUAAAUAAUUACGGUUUUUUUUGGGUACCUCUUCCUAUAUUUUCUUAUAACUAAAUGAAAAUUGUUUAACAAACCAGCGUGAUAUACUAGGCGACAUUGGAUGUAUUUUAUAUUUCAAAAACUUAUUUGUUCCUAGAUAUGUAACAAUGAUAAAAAGCAUUCUAAGCUAGUUAUUUUUAGUUUGGGAAUUUAUAUUAUAUGUAUAUUUUAGGUAGUCUCUUAUACAUUUAUUUAUUUUUACAUUAUUACUUUAGAUAAUUUUUUUUUAAAUUUUCAAAUCUUUAAUCGGCUUGAAAGAACUGAUAAAAUGAAAAGAAAAAUAAGAGAAAUUCUUGUAAUGAAAAUAGCGAAAUAUGCUGAAACUAUGUAUGUACACUAGAGGUGUGUCGUUCAAAAUGAACGAUUCGUUCAAAAAGAACGAAUCAGUGCACUGACUCGAAUGAAUUGAUUUCCUGUUUUUAAAAGAUUCGAAUCUUUUUUGAGUCAAUUGCUCGAUGGCUCUGCGAUCGAUCAAACAUGCCGAGUUCCGAGUUUAGUUGCUUCGUUCAUUCGAUUCGGAUUCGAAGAUUUGGUAUUUUACAUCGGCAUCGGCAAAUUGGUCGCUUUUAUUCUACGUUCUACGGCAUAAUACGAGAACUCCGACAGGCGGUGGCGGUAUGUGUCUUUAAUGUUUUUCUCACUUUACAGGAGGUGUGUAUUAAGCUUAGGUAAACAAUUUAUGCGUGUUGUCUGAUAAAUAAAUUUAAAUCAAAGUAAAAUUAAAACAAAAAAUGAAGAAUCGUGAAUAUAUAAUUUUGCGUUAAUUUUGGCUAUAUAUUUGGCAUUUAAAAAAAAAUUGUGUUAUUGUUUAUCUUAACGGACAAGGAUGUAUUUAUUAUUCAGCUGCCUUUUUUUUUAUGAAAUAUGAAACAUUAAUUCGCUUUACUUUAAAAUAAAUCUGGUUAUAAAUAUUUUAUAUAUAAUAACAUCGUUCGUGGUUCGCUAAAGUGAAUCACUUCAGAACGAAUCUUGAAGAACGAAUCUUUUUAGGUGAAUGAAUCAAAUGAAUUAAUUCAGUAAAAAAUUCGAACUUCCCACCUCUAAUGUACACAGCAAAUUAUAUUAAAAUUAACAAAGGACCCCGCACUUUUUACAUUAAUUUUGGGUACUGACAGAAUUUGUUAAAAUUUUAAUAUGUUACUUUUCAGGUCAUAAUGGACA